AUGACUGACGACAGGUGCAUUUUCAAAACGUCUGGAACUGUUGUUUUGGGCUUCGGUCGCGGUGCUCGAGAGUUGGGCAUUCCCACAGCAAAUUUGGAUGACAGUGUCAUCGAGGACUUGCCUUCAUCAAUGUCCCCCGGUGUCUACGCCGGUUGGGCUCAAGUUGGUGAUGGAGAAGUGUACAAGAUGGUGAUGAGUCUUGGUUGGAAUCCGUUCUACAAGAAUGAGAAGAAAUCCCUCGAGGUCCACAUACUGCACACAUUUCCGGAAGAUUUCUACGGAAAGCGGCUGACAAUCGUGGCGUUGCGGUACCUUCGACCUGAGCUUGAUUUUGAGUCACUCGAUGAUCUAAUCAGGGCGAUUCACAAAGACAUCUCCAUGACGGAGGAGAUUCUCGACUCUCCGGAGUGCCUUCGCUAUUCCAAAGAUGAAAUCUUUCAGCAAUAG